ACUCACCACCGGGACCACAGAAUACCCUUGUGCCCUUGACUCAUCUGCAACAGAAGACCCUUGACCUUUUGACUCCUCUUUGCAGACGGACACUCCAAGAGUUCGGCAGCCCCGCUCCUCCGCUCGCGUGUGCACAUCCUCUCUGCCAUAGUUGGCACCCAAACUCCUCGCAACAGCCAGCUAAGCGGCUUGGGAUUGAAGCCAGCCAUGCGCUGACCGCGAUCGCACAGACAGCAGGGUGUCGUCGCUUUCACUCUACUCGGCAUCAAACUGAGUCGCCAAUCUACUGUGAGCGGCUACCAUGGCAGGCGAACCGCCCCAUGGAGGCGAUCACGCUAGCGACAGUCCAGACCUCAUGGCGUCCUCCAGCACGAUACACAGCGAACCACCAGCGCCCCUGUUCUACCCGGCCUACGUGCCACCACCUUCAGCUUUGCCAUCUCAGAUGCUCAAUGGCGCUUCCAAUCUGAUUCCCAAGUUUGGCCUGCUUCCGCUGUAUCUGAAGGCGGUCAAGCCAUACAGACGCACAGGGCCCAACGAUGAUCCAAGCAAGUUUCAAAAGCUGCCAUUUACUUAUGAGCAGUACGUCGAGGAUCUGCCAGGUCGCGUGAGACCAACAAAGUACCAAGCCAAGCAGCCUCCCGCCCCGCCCACGAUGAGGGACAUUGUUUUCAGGCCGGAAACGACGCUCCAGCGAAUUGUUCCGUUCGACGAGGAGACUCUGAGAACGAGCUUCGCGGUAGAUGCUGGUCCUGCCGAGAAGAUCAAUGUGCGUCUCCUAGAAGCCGAUGAGCCGGGCGCAAGAAAGCCAAAGAAGCGAAAGCACAAGCCAGGUGGCGAUCAAGACAGUCCUCGCAGAGAAGCCAGGCAUUCAAUUCGACAAGCGCGUUAACGAGAAUGAGCGUGUAUUGUCUUGUCUCUAGAUGUGCAGACGAAAGAUG